AUGGGCGACGGCGUGUCGCUCAUGUCUCUGCUGCUCGCCUGCACUCGCCGCACCGACAACCCCGCCCUCCUCCCCACCCUCCCCACCGCCAAGCGCCAGACUGGCUCCCAGCCCAGCAGUGCAGCUGCAGCUGCAGCGGUGGAGGAGAGUGAGGAGCUGCGGAAGCAGCUUGGUGACGCAGGAGGGCCUGAGGAGGAGGAGAAGUUGAAGCAGUUAAAGCCCAGGAAAGUACACAUGCCGUCUGCAGCGUCAGCGUUUACGCUUGACUCGAUGACUGAAUCUCCGUUCGCCCCGGACCCAGUCGGGCAGGCAGCAGCAGAAGCAGCAAAAGCACCCACAGACGGGGUUACAGCAGUUGCGGGUGGGCGUGCGGGUGCGGGUGGUGGGGGUGCUUUGGUGAAAGGGGCAGGGGCUGCAGGGAAGAGAGGGGGAGGGGGAGGGGGAGGGUUGGUGGGUGUGGGGAGGUGGAUGUGGCAACUGCUGGCGGUGUUGGGGAACACGCUGUGGCACGUGUCAACGUUCAUGGCUGUGCUGCUGUGGCGCGCUGAUACUGCCACGUGUGUCAAGAUGAAGCCGCGGAGUGGUGGCGCGCAGAAGAAAGGGGGAAAAGGGAGCAGUGCGGUGCUGCAGCACCCGGAGGAGGGGAGAGGGGAGACCAUCAACGAUGUGAUGGUGACGGUCAUAUCAGGGGGACUUGACCGUUACCUGCGCCACCACCACGACCAGCAGGCAGAGAGAGCAGGAGAGCCUGCCCCAGUUGCCACCUCCCCACUGCCGACCACUGUUCGCCUCAGCGCUGUCUGUGUUGUCAACAUCCGCCCCGCUCCUGGGCUUCAGGUAAACCUUCCCCAGUAA